AUGAUGCGAGCUUCAAUCAUCGCUAACUGCGUUUUUAACGCAUUCUUCGGUUUUACCGCCAUAACGUUUAACAUUGUAACAAUACUCGCUCUGAGAAAACCAUUGACGAUACCAAGAGCCGUAAAAACAUUACUGAUGAGUCUGGUUGUGUCUGAUCUUGGUGUUGGUUUACUGGCUCAACCUUUGUACGUUACAUUGCUUGUCAUGCGGUUGCGAGAAAACACUCAAAAUUCAACGUUUGAGAUUGUAUCACACCUUUGGGAAAACACAGCGUAUUUUUUUACGUAUGCCUCAUUCUUUGCUGUUGUGGCCAUAGCUGCAGACAGAUUCCUGGCCAUUUAUCUUCACCUCAGAUACCAGGAACUCGUGACGCACAAGCGCGUUGUUGCUGUGGUGAUCUUGAUUUGGAUAUUGAGUGCGAUUCUAACGUUGCUUUUCAGAUGGACUCCGAAUGUUGAGGCCUUUAUUGUCGUAGCUGUUGAUAUCGUUUGUUACCUAACCACAGCCUUGUUUUAUUUCAACAUUUACUUAGCUGUACGUCACCACAGCAAUCAUAUUCACUUCUUGCAGGAACAGCUAUCACAGAAUAAUGGCGGAGAUAUAGCUAAUGUUGUGAGGGAGAGAAAAACUGCACUUGGUACAUUCUACGUGUAUCUUGUGUUCCUGAUUUGUUAUCUGCCUUUCACGUGUUACCAAAUUUUGUACUUAAGCGCUAGACCGACUACGGUGUUACGGCAUUUUGAGCUUUAUUCUGAAAUGCUGACCUACCUCAAUUCAUCUCUCAAUCCUCUGAUCUACUCUUGGAAGAUGAGACAUGUUCGACAUGCUAUCAUGGAAAUACUGAGAAACAUAUUCCUGGAUCCACACAACUGA